UGGCUCUGUGCAGACUCCCGUGGGCGCUGGAGCCCCGAAGUGCUGCAGUUCCGCCACAUCCCCGUGGUGGCCUUGGAUCUCAGCGGCUCCCAACUCACCUACGACGGUUUGGACAACUUUGUGCUGCUGACGAAGCUGCAGCACCUGGACCUGAGCGGGUGUCCCCACGUGGACGACUGGGCGCUGGGGAGGCUGCACGUCUUUGGGGACAGCCUGCAGGAGCUGUCGGUGGCACGGUGCCCCCGGGUGACCGAGAGGGGAUUGGCCACGCUGCAUCAGCUGCCGUGAGUGUGGGGAGGGGGCUGAGUCAGCCUGGGGGGAGGGAAGAGCAUCUCCCACCAGCGUAUGGAGGUGUGGGCACCCCCCUGAGCGCAGGGACGGGGGUCUCAGCAUCACCCCUUUAACAUGGGGACGGGGAUGGGGGUCUCAGUGUCACCCCUUUAACAUGGGGACACGAAUGGGGGUCUCAGUGUCACCCCCUGAGCGCAGGCAUGGGGGUCUCAGUGUCACCCCUUAACAUGGGGACAGGGAUGGGGGGGGGUCUCAGUGUCACCCCCUGAGCACAGCAGUGAGGAUGGGGGGGGUCUCAGUGUCACCCCUUUAACAUGGGAACGGGGAUGGGGGUCUCAGCAUCACCCCUUUAACAUGGGGACACGAAUGGGGGUCUCAGUGUCACCCCCUGAGCGCAGGGAUGGGGGUCUCAGUGUCACCCCUUUAACAUGGGGGCAGGGGUGGGGGUCUCAGUGUCACCCCCUGAGCACAGGGAUGGGGAUGGGGGUCUCAGUGUCACCACCUGAGCACGGCAGUGGGGAUGGGGGGGGUCUCAGUGUCACCCCUUAACAUGGGGACAGGGAUGGGGGUCUCAGUGCCACCCCCUGAGCACAGCAGUGGGGAUGAGGGGGGUCUCAGUGUCACCCCUUUAACAUGGGGACACGGAUGGGGGUCUCAGUGUCACCCCCUGAGCGCAGCAGUGGGGAUGGGGGGGUCUCAGUGUCACCCCUUUAACACGGGGACAGGAUGGGGGUCUCGGUGUCACCCCUUUAACAUGGGGACAGGGAUGGGGGUCUCAGUGUCACCCCUUUAACAUGGGGACAGGGAUGGGGGUCUCAGUGUUACCCCUUUAACAUGGGGACAGGGAUGGGGGUCUCGGUGUCACCCCCUGAGCGCAGGGAUGGGGGUCUCAGUGUCACCCUUUUAACAUGGGGACAGGGAUGGGGGUCUCAGUGUCACCCCCUGAGCGCAGGGAUGGGGGUCUCAGCGUCACCCCUUUAACAAUGGGGACAGGGAUGGGGGUCUCAGUGUCACCCCUUUAACAUGGGGACAGGGAUGGGGGUCUCAGUGUCUCUCUUGAGCACAGCAGUGGGGAUGGGGGGGGUCUCAGUGUCACCCCUUUAACAUGGGGACAGGGAUGGGGGUCUCAGUGCCACCCCCUGAGCACAGGGAUGGGAUUGGGGGGGGUCUCGGUGUCACCCCUUUAACACGGGGACAGGAUGGGGGUCUCGGUG